GGGGGGCAGAAUUCUUCCUCUCUUCAGCCAAACACUUCCUGAGACUGGAUGGAAGGAGAGAGAGUUUUACUCUUCCCCGGAACUUUCACUUUCAUUUGCUGUGCUAUGCCAAAGAGGACAACCGCAGCGAGGGAGGAGGAGUGCUCACAGAUCGUGACACUUUGCAGAAACUGGUCAGCCCCGUCUUUGCUUCCUGUAUCCAAUCAGAAGAGAAUUGACUCACCUUCCUUCUCCUAGAGGCCAUUUUUCCUCCUUCUGCAAACCUUUGACUGGGAGGGGCCAAGAUGUCCAACAGUGUCUGCUGCAAAUUGGUUGACUACUUGGAGGAGCUCACAGAGGAGGAAUUCAAGAGAUUUAAGAUGCACCUUGAAGACUACCCACUGGAGCAAGGCUACAAGCCGAUCCGGCACUGUAAGAUCGAGAAGGCCGACCUCAUUGAAAUAGCACGGCUCAUGGUCAGGGCCUACGAGGAGGCUAAAGCAUUGCAGAUGACAGUCAACAUCCUCGACCGAAUAAAUAGAAAGGAUCUGUCGGCAAAAGUCAAACAAGAGAUGCCAGCGUUUUUCCUGCAGCCUACGAAAGCAGCGGCCUCGACCAGGGAAGAAAAAAGAAAACGGGAAGAAAGGUUGCUGUCCAGUAUCACUGACAAGUUUUGCGGGACUCAAAAGAAAGUGGAAGUCACACUGGAUCCCAAGACAGCCUUCCCUACCCUCAUCCUUUCUGAAGAUCGGAAAAGUGUGUACCUGGGCAGCCAGGCCCAGGUUCUUCCUGACAACCCUGAGCGCUUCAAUUUUUCGCCCUGUGUCCUCGGAGCAGAAGGCAUCACCUCUGGGACUAUGGAAUGGGUGGUAGAGGUGGGCAAGGCCAAAGCAUGGGCCAUCGGUGCAGUCCGGGAAUCCAUAGGGAGAAAAUGGUACCAAUAUAUCAAAGUUACUGAGGGGUUUUGGGCGCUGCAGCUGAUUGAGGGAGAAUACAUGGCCUCUACCUCUCCUUCCACUGUCCUUCCGCUGUGGAAAUCCCUGCGACGGAUCAAGAUACGCCUGGAGUAUGAUUUUGAAAUCCUCUCCUUUUAUGACGCCGACUCCAUGGAACCUAUUUUUACUUUCAAUUAUCCUUUCUCUGAGAGGAUGUUUCCCUUUUUCCAGGUCUGGGAUACUGAGAUCCCCCUGAAAAUCUCAUAAGGGCACAUUUUAAAGAUGUCUUAGGCUGUAAUCCUACACUAGGGCUGUGUACCACAUGUUCCUGUUUGCUCCGCAGCCGGUGUGCUUCCUGUUGUGUAUUGAGUCAAAGGAUUUUAUAUCUGUAUUAUUAUUGUCUGUAUUUGCAUUAGGAUAAAGUAACUGCCUUUUGGUUCCAGAGGGUACAGCUACUAUUGGUUCAUUUAAGCUGCCCUAUUUGGAUCCUCUGUCUUAUUGGUUUUCUCCAAAAGGCAGCACUGUGAUUGCCUGAUAUUGUUCCCUCCAAAAUGUAUCCCUUUCUAGCUAGUCCCCUGUCCCUAUAAAUGUAGCUUUGCUCUCCUCAGA